AUGGCCGAAGGGAUUGACACCUUGCAAUCAAUGUACUCGCGUUCGGGGAGGUCGUUUUCCGACGGCCCUUCUUCGAACGCAGCGGGUGGGUCUCAUCGUACUGAUCGACGAGACCCAGGACAUCAACAAUCAGCUGGGCACGAGGCUCCCAGCUGUCCCACGCCGGUGGAUAGCCACGCCAGCGAACGAGGUAACUCGUCCAAAUGCCAUUCACAUCGUGGUAGUUCAAAACACGCUCCACUAGGAAUUGUUGACCACCGCUUUAAUCCACCGAAGGAUGUGGUGGCGGCGGGAACACCCGAUCCGGCUCGAGGGUCGGAUCAGCUUGAUGUUCAAGAGCUGAAUUAUGUAAAGGAGCAGUUGCAAGAUGACCUGGUUCACGAACGGGUUCGGCGUUAUAAGCUUGAGAAUGAUGUAAUGGAUAUUUAUGAUUCCCUAACGCACGAUCGUUCGGACGAUCGUUCCGCUUUUGCGUACGCGCGACUUAAAAACAAAAGCUCGAUUCGUUCUCUUCGUGACGAGCUGGCUGUAGCUCGUCGAGACAUCUCUGAACUGCGUGAACAGGUCGCUUCGCUAGUCGACCAGACUGGCUCGUUGAAACGGGACCACUCGAAGGUGGUCUCGGCUCUCGACCGCGGAGAUGUUCUUCGCAUCUCGUAA